AUGCCGGUGGCUCCGACGCUAAACGACAUCCUGAACUCGGACCCGAGCGCCGACCUGGCGGUGGCAGUGACUGAGGAGGUAGACGACGGCAACGAGGAUACGACGCCUGAAGGCUGCUGCGUCGAAUGCAAGGACCAGAAGGCACAGGUAUUCUGCGAGCAGUGCCAGGAGGACUUUUGCGAGGUGUGCGGCGGCAUGAUCCACCGCACGGGCCGGCGGCGGCAGCACGUGGCGAUGGAGGAGCCCGAGGAGACGGCGCUGUCGGGCGGGGCAUCAUCGGUGACAUUCAAUGCGCAGAGCGGGCAGGUGGACGCGCAGGGGUUCGGGGAGUGGAUCACGGAGCGGACCAAAUUCAUUCCCUUGCGGCUGACGCUGAAGGAGCGCAAGUACCUGCGGCUGCUGGAGGCGGCAUUGCACGUGAGCGAGUACACGGACCGGAUUGAUGUUCUGCAGUACGGCAACAAGACAAAGCGCAUCGUAGCGCAGAUCAAGGAGCUAUGCGCGAUCCUGUCGGGCCUGGUGUUCGCCGAUAACGAGCAGUUCUUCCAGAAGAUCUUUGAGAUCGGGCGGCGGCACAAGAUCAUGAAUCCGGAGAAGAUGCGCAGCGAGUACGGCAAGCUGAUGCAUUUGCUGCAGGACGCGCAGGCCAGCGACGUGCAGGCGAUGCUGGGAUUCAGCAUCGUCGCGCCGAUCAAGACGGUGCAUUCGGUGCUGGAGUCGCUGGGCGUGCUGUAUGUUCUGGAGGACGAGAUGGUGGUGGUGGCCACCAAGGAGAUUGUGCAGCUGGAGAUCAAGCAGAAGGAGCGCGCGAUCGAGUACCUCUGCAAGGCCUAUGCGACCAUCGACUGCCCGGCCGAGGUGCUACGCCAGUGCCUGUAUAGCAUCGGCGACAACCACGCGUUCCUGCGGGCAACGCGCGACGCCUGCGACCGGAUGCUCAGCCAUCUGACGCGCGACUUUUCGCCGCAGCGCGCCGAGUCCGACCGCCUGUCGCUGGCCAUUCUGAGCGGCCGCAAUGGCGCCCGCCUGUCGCAUUCGCACGAGCGCCAGUUCCGGUAUGUCCACCAGACGCUGGCGCUGUGGCGUGAGCUGCUCCACGACAUGUUCAUGCUAUGGCACAGCGCUGACUCAGACAUGCUGGCGCUGCGCAACCCCUACCGCCUGAUGGACACCGGCCAGGGCCUGCAGCGCGUGCAGCCGUGCCAGCGCGUGUCACGAGCUGCCCACCAGAUCCUGCACCGCACGCAGAAGAGCGUCGGCCGGUGGGUGGGCUCGGCUGUGAUCCACUUGGGCGACCGCAAUGUGCCCAACGCGCUGAUCUUCAUUGACAAGUACAACCAGGUCGCCAGCAUUCUCAACCCGGUCGUGCGUGUGCUCGAGUUCCUGGACCGCCUGCAGAACGGCCAGGAGCGCGGGGAUAUCAGAGAGUACGUGGAGCAGGUGUUUGGCGGCGCGGAGAUGGCUCGCAAGCUGGUUUUGGCUGAUUUCUUCCGGUCGGCGUUUGAUGGCUCGGGCGCCGACAAUUUCUUUGACGCCGGGUCGUGCAUUGACGGCCGGCUGACGUCGGCCUGGAACUGGUGCUCGAGUAUCGAGAAGAAGCCGUACUUCCCGGUCUUCUUGCUGUCGGGCUUUGUGGGAUUCAAUGGCGGUCCGGAGGGGUUCUCCUAACGGGGAGCUUCAUCCGAGAUGAUCAGGCGAUUUUCAAU